AUGCCGCCAAAAAAGAACACUCAAUCCAACAAAUCCAAGGAGAAAGAGAAACAAAAAGUGAUUGAGGACAAGACCUUUGGUCUAAAGAACAAGAAGAAAUCUGCAAAGGUUCAACAGCAAAUCAAGCAGAUUCAAACACAAGUAAUGGCAGCUGGGGAUAGGAAGGCAAAGAAAGAACAAGACGCCGCGAAACAAGCUCUCGCCGAAAAGAAAGCUGCCGAACAAAAAAAGAAAGAGGAGCUUGCGGAACUCUUCAAACCUGUUCAGACGCAAAAAGUUCCGUUUGGUGUUGACCCGAAAACUGUUCUUUGCGCGUUUUUCAAAGCCGGGCAGUGUCAGAAGGGUGAUAAGUGCAAAUUUUCGCACGAUUUGGAUAUUGAGCGAAAGACUACAAAAAUUGAUUUGUACACUGACGUGAGAGAGGAUGAAAAGUCACAAGAUACGAUGGACAAAUGGGAUCAAUCGAAGCUUGAACAAGUCGUACUUUCUAAACAUGGAAAUCCGAAAACUACCACCGACAUUGUUUGCAAAUACUUCUUGGAGGCGAUCGAGAACCAGAAGUAUGGUUGGUUUUGGGAAUGUCCGAAUGGAGGUAAAAAUUGCAAGUAUAGGCAUGCUCUGCCACCUGGCUUCGUCUUAAAAACAAAAGCUCAAAAGAAAGCAGAAGCAGAGGAAGAAGAUCAGAUAACACUCGAGGAAUUCUUAGAAACAGAACGUCAUAAACUAGGCUCGAAUCUCACACCCGUAACACUCGAAACAUUCACCGAAUGGAAAAAGAAUCGUAAAGCGAAAAUAGAGGCAGAAGCCGAAGCUAAACGGAAAGCCAAGGAGGCAGCAUUCAAAGCCGGGAAAGGACUUGGUAUGUCUGGACGUGAUCUGUUCACAUUUAAUCCGGAACUUGUUAACCAAGGAGACGACUAUGAUGAUGGAGAAGAUGUGUUUGACAUUUCGGGAUAUAAACAUGAUAAUGAAGAUAAUGAAGACAAUGAUAAUAAUAGUAACGGUGGUAUUAAAGAUGUGCCAUCAUCUUCAUUAGCAUCAUCUCAUGAGAAAUAUGAGGGAAAUCCAUAUGGUGAAGGCAGCAGUAGUAAUAGCAGUAAUAGUAAAACGAACAAUGGUAUAAGUGAUGUUGAAGUUAAAGAGGAUUUGUUCGAGGCCGAAAAUUUGGAUGAUUUAGAGGAUGAUGAUGACGAGUAA